GUAGCGUGUGCUUUCAUUUUCCAUUGAUAACACGGACCAGAGAAAUAGGGUGGUCGGCUGGUGCAGUGGCUAGCGCAUUUGCCUUUUCACCAAGGCGGCCGGGUUUGAUUCCCCGAUUGGACGUGAAAAGAAUGGAAUGUGACUCAACGGCCACAGCAUUUGAGCCCACAGUUGGGCCUGAUAGGACGGGGAAUAUAACAGAAGAUCAGCAAGUUAGUUCCACAGCAGGCAAACAGGGAGAGAUUGGGGAACAUGUCCGUGAGUCAGUAGGAGCAGACAGUGACAACUGUGGCACAUCAGUCAACAGGGAUGAGGUUGGAAUGAGUGAAGAUGUAGGAAAUAAGGAUGAAGCUGGAAGGAGUGAAGAUGUUGGAGAUGAGAAGGACGAGGAAGAUGAAGAAGAAUCCACAGACCAGGAUCCAUCAUCUACUACUAAAACUGUCUUAUUCACUUCAGAAAUAUUUAAAAUAGAAAUUCUUAACUUACCAAGGUUUGGAUUUAAGCAACUGAAGAAACGGCUGGCAUCUUUGGAUGUGAAACCAGUCAAAAUCAAGGCCAUCGAAAGGAAAGGUUUUGCAUUUGCAACAUUUAGGAGUGAAGAGGAAAGAGAAGACGCUACCAGGAAGAUUACUGGCCAUGUUUGGAAGGAACGGAAACUCAAGGUGAAAAAGGCGCCAGCUACAAUGGAUCCACUUGUCCAGAAGAGGAAACGGGACUCUGAACAGAAGAUAGAUGAACCCCCAAAUAAGAAAGACAAAAUGGAGGACGACCUACCACCAGAGAUUAGACUGAAGAAUGCUGUGUCCCCAUUGUGGAAAGUUCCCUACGAAGAACAGCUCAAGACGAAAAUGCAAGAUAUGGUACAAAUAUUGAAAACACUGGCAAAUCGUAUUCAGAGAGAAAAUCCUGAAUUUAGAGGCUGGCUUCAUAAACAAAGGUCAAAAUAUGACGGUAAAUGCUGUGAGAUGCUCCCCAUUAAACCUUCACCUGUGUUAGAAGACUAUAGAAACAAGUGUGAAUUUACUGUGGGGAAAGACAUCAACGGACAAGACAAUACAGUAGGGUUUCGGUAUGGACUGUAUAAACAGGGCAGCAAAAGUGUCGGAGAACCACAGGACCAAGUCAUAUUGCCAGAUUCAAUGAAGAAGUUUGUCAAGAGUUUUCAAAAGUUUAUCCGUGCCAGUGGCUAUGGUGCCUAUGACCCUCAGAGCCAUGAAGGUCAUUGGCGGAUACUGACCACACGGACAUGUCGGGGCAGUGAUGACUUCAUGGCUGUUGUGGACUUUGACCCACAGCAUCUCCCAAAGGAGGAACUAGAGUGUAUAAAGACAAAGCUGAAGGACUACUUUACGACGGGGGAAGGACGUGAUUGUGGAGUAACAAGUCUUUUCUUCCACACCUAUAAUGAUAGGCCAGCAAAUCCUCCAGAUUAUGAGCUUCUUAUGGGAGAGAAGUUUAUACAGGAGGAGAUGCUGGACAUGAAGUUCAGGAUAUCCCCAGGAGCCUUCUUCCAAGUGAAUACAGCUGCAGCAGAGGUCCUGUACACACAGAUAGCUGACUGGUGUAACGUUUCUCCGGAUACAACCGUCCUUGACAUCUGCUGUGGUACGGGUACCAUCGGACUCAGUGUUGCCAAGAAAGUAUCAAGAGUGAUUGGCAUAGAAAUGUGCCAGGAGGCAAUUGAUGAUGCUAAACAGAACGCCAAGAUUAACGAUAUCGAAAACGUUCAUUUUGUGUGCAGCAAGGCUGAGGAUGCGAUCAAGCGCACCAUGAAGUCACUGCGUUCAACAGAUGUGGUGGCGGUGGUGGAUCCACCUCGACCGGGGCUACAAUCGAGUGUGUUCCAAGCCUUGCGACGAUCUCCCCAUCUCACCAAGGUUGUGUUUGUAUCCUGUAAUCCCAAGGCUGCUAUGAACAACUUUAUAGAUCUGACCAGACAGACAUCCCGACGUAACAAGGGCCCGCCUUAUCGACCGGUUAAAGCUGUUCCUAUAGACAUGUUUCCACAGACACCACAUUGUGAACUUGUCAUCAUGUUCGAGCGGGACCAGCCUUACACCAAUCAAGAGGAUUCUCCAGGAAGCCCAUAAAAUGUCACAAAAUUUAGAAUUUUAAUAAAAUUGUCUUUAAAGGCUA